UUCGCGCUCGCAUGCGUUUCCGGUAGUAAAAGUUUCCACCGAUUUCAACUCCGGUUUCCAGUGCGAUUUCCGUUACUGCCGACUGCGGGACGCAGAACUGUAGGCAACACUUUUUGAUGUGCCGUCGGUAGAUCGGAUUUUACGGAACUAAGUGAGGAUUUUAGAAAAAACAUUAAAAUCCUACAGUGCAACUAUUGACUUACUUUGAUUAUCAUAGACCACAUAUGAUAUUGGACUCAAUGUACUAAAAUUUCUAUUGCUAAAAAAGAGACCGAAGACCAAAGACCGAGGACCGGAGGCCAUUCAACAGUCGGCAACUUGGAGACAGUGGCAAAUACCUAAGCAUGCUGCAGAAUCCUUCCAAAUAUCACGCAAAUCCCUUGUCGCACUUCCUGGCAUUACAUAACACACAAGCCAGUGGCGGCGGUGGAGGGACAGCCGGAUUAGGGAGUUUGGGAGGGGGCAUCCCGGCACAUGGUCAACCGCACCAUGCGCUGCCCACAGCGGCGCUGGCAGCGGCUGCAGCAGCGGCGGCCGCCGUCUCGGCGGGUCAGAGUUCAUACCAAAUGGAGCACCAGCAGCAACACCAGCAGCAUCAUCAGCUGCAGCAGCAACAUCAUCAUCAUCUGCAACAGCAACAGCAACAUCAUCACCAGCAGCUCCAGCACACCCACCACCAGGAUGGCCACCACCCACCGACGGCUGGGAGCAACAGCAACACCACCAGCAACAGCAACAGUAGCAGCAACAACAGCUGCCACAGCAGCAACAGCAACCACCGGGAACAGUUGGCGGCGGCUGCCACUGCGACGUCGCACGCGCAGCUCAUCGAGGCGGCAGCGGCGCAUUCCUCCCUCGACGUGGGCAAGUCCUUUACCAUCGCCGCCAUUUUGGGCCUUCAGAGCCAGCGAAAGGACUACAACAAUGCCAUUAACUUGUCCCUGCACGACAACAACAACAGUGAGAGCAACAACAAGUGCUAUACAAGCAGCAACAACAACAACAGCAGCACCAGCAACAACAACAACAGCCAAAGUGUAAACAACUUUAAUUGUGAUAAUAGUUCCGGCAGUGGACGUUACUUGCACGGCGGCCACCAGCAUCCGCAUCCUCAUCAGUCCGGAUUUGCUGCCGUGGCCGCGGCGGUGGGAGCCGCUCCAUCCGCCCUGCAGAGCCUGCAACAGCUCCACCAGCAACACCACGCCCAGCAACAGGCCACGUUGAGCUUUCAGCGCGAGAAACUCAAGUCGGACUCCCACAAGAAGAGCGCCCUAAAGAACAAACGCGUUCGGACAAUCUUCACGCCGGAGCAGUUGGAGUGCCUGGAGGCGGAAUUCGAGCGACAGCAGUACAUGGUUGGGCCGGAGCGCCUUUACCUGGCCCACACGCUCAAGCUGACGGAGGCGCAGGUGAAGGUUUGGUUCCAGAACCGCCGGAUCAAGUGGCGCAAACACCAUCUCGAGCUCACGCAACAGCGGCUCGCCUUGAUAAGGCAAACUCAGCUGCCGGGCACGUCGAUCCUAGGCAAUCAGGUGUCCUCGGCUACUAACGCAACCCACUCUGCGUCCACGGAUCUCACAACUGGAUGCAGUGCAGCAUCGCCCAGUCUGCAGGAGGAGGACAACGAGGACAGCAAGCAUUCGCUAUCGCUUUCCGGCGCCAUGCCACCUUUAAGUCGAGCGCAAUCUGAAUCAGAUCUGUCCAUCUGCAACGACUCCCUGGAUGGCGACAGUCUCAUGGACGGCAGCGAAGAGGCCUAAAAUCUGGGCUAGGGCAAAGCAAAUUUCCUGUAAAUAUAGCCAAAUAAACAUGUACAAUAUGGGUUUUCUUUACCCCUGCUUGUGUU